AUGACCAAACGAAAACAAAAUCAAAAUAACAAUUCAAGUGAUGCUGAUACUGAAACAGAGUCCAGAGAUUCUAAUAAUUCAAAAUUAGGACAUCUGCAAACAGGUGUUUGGAAAUUUUUUGAAAGAGGUCAAUCUAAAGGUGAUGGUCAUUGGGAAGGAACUUGUUCAUUUUGUGAACAUUUUUAUUUACAGGCCAAACCACAAACUCUGCAAGCACAUCUUGUUAAUAGUUGUAAAAAAGUUUCUGAAGAGUGGUGGCGUCAUUUUAAUAAUAUUAUAGUUAAUAAUUUAGAAGAUAUUCCAACUAAUGAACCUAUAUCAAAUGCUAGUUCAUCUUUAGUUAAACAAAAAAAAAUAGCCAAACAACUUGGGUUAACUAAUUGGUAUGAUUCUACAAAAAUUGAAGCACCUAUGCAAUCAUUAAUUGAUGAAGCUAUUUUAUUAGCUUUUGUUAUGUGUGGUAUUCCUUUUUGUAUUGUCAACAAUCCUUUUUUUACAAGCACUUUAAAGCUUCUAAAUCCUGGUUAUAAUAUCCUAUCAUGUGAGGUUCUCUCAGGACACUUAUUAGAUUUAGAACUUGCAAAAGUUAUUCACAAAAUUGAUGGAAUUUUAGAACAUACAAACAACCUUACUAUCGAUCUUGAUGAUGUUUUAUUUCCAAUCAAAGAGGCAAUUUUGGCAGUUGAGGCAAAUCAUUCUACACUUGCUGACUGUUAUAUUAAUUUAGUAAAAAUUGCUGCGGUAAUUCAAAAUCUUCCUAUUGAUGAAUAUAAAGGAUUUCACAAUGAAUAUCGGUUAGAAGGAUUAGCAAAAAUUUAUCGGUUUAAUUUAUCAAACCCUAUAAAACAACUUUAUCAUACUCAAACUGCAGAAAUAACUUCAGAAAUAAUAACAAAUAUUGCUGAAACUGUUUUUAAAGAGUUUGAAGAAGAAACAUUAAUAGAUAAUGAUGAUAUUGAAAUGCUUAAUCCUGCUAAAAACCUUUAUCCAAAUGAACAAGAUUUAGACUUAAGUAUUUCAACUUCUAUUGAUUUUAAAUCUUCAGUUUUUAUGUCCUUUAAUAGUUAUGAAAGUGAGAAUUUUAAUGAAAUCGAAUCUGAUAAUGAUAUACAAGAAG